AUGCUAGGCACAUCCAGGCCCCCGAAAGGGAAAUCUCCCCAGGCCAAAGAGAAGCGGCCUCCGCUGACACAUUUCCUCUGCUUUCCACUCGUCACGGAGACUUCGCUACCUCUACUAGAGAAAUCCUUUUCCCAUUUCAGGGACAAUAUCCCCCAGAGACGCAAGACCAUGACCGAUCAUUCAUUGAAGCCUCGUCCGCCACUGUUUCCAGACUCGGCGAUCCGGCCAGUGGGUACAUUGCAUCUGACUCUCGGGGUCAUGAGCUUGACGACCAGAGACCGUCUCGAUGAAGCCACGAGCUUCCUGGAUUCGCUAGAUAUUGAGCAGAUGUUAAGGGAGACGACUAGCAACGACGCAGAUAUCUCGCAGCAGCAGCAGCAGUCUGCAGAAGAAGAAAAUAGUCUCGCUCCCAUUUCCGUAUCUCUACAGUCUCUCUACGCCUUACCAAAAGCAAAAGCCGCAACUGUGCUCUACGCAAAACCCGUGGACCCAACGUCUCGCCUGUAUCCGCUCGGUGUCAAACUGCGUGAGCGAUUCGUGGAAGCAGGCUUGAUUCAGCCUGAUUUUCUCAAAACGAAACCCCGAAAAGGCUCAAAAGUUAUCGACAAUAACAACACUUCUCAGAAUGAUAUCCCCGCACAGGCAGAGACACCAAAGCCUAAAUUGAGGCCCUUACUCUUGCACGCUACCAUUGUCAACACAAUUUAUGCCCGCGGCGGACAUUCUGCUCAGAAUCGAGGCAAAGAUAGACGGCGAGGCGGACCUCUCACGUUCGAUGCUAGGGAUAUGCUCACCCAUCACCAUGAUUUUUAUACAGACGACACCUGCGUCGAAGCAAAGAAACACGAUGUCUCAGACAGCUCCUUUCUCGAAGACGCAGAGAGCGACCGCAGCAGUGAAAGCAACGACGAACCAUCCAGCUCCAUGUCCACGCAAGAAGAAGCUCAUCCGUCAAGAACUGUCCAGCAAAUCACGCCCGAGACAACAGACAAUGAAAAGUAUCCGUUUGUCUGGGCUCGCAAUUUUCAUAUUGAAAAAGUAUGUAUUUGCGAAAUGGGCGCCAAGGCAGUCGUCGAUGGGGAUGGGGAUCCUCUGGGCGCAAGGUUGGGGCAGAAGUAUCGUGUUGUUGCGGAGAGGAGUUUACCGUCGUUCUAA